AUGGAUCGCUCACUUUCGAGUUUGUCCAAAUUUCGCUCCUCUUGCCCUUAUUUGAGCAAAACAACUGCUGUCCAAUUGCGUAGUUUGAGCUCUCAAGCUUACUUGCCCGGCGGACCAAAUUGUCUAGCCGUUCGCGCUCAACAAUGCCCAGUAAUGUCUUUGGCCAUCGAUUCACGUCCAAACGAUGCCGUCGCAGCCGUUCCAGCAAUGCCAUCUGCAGCUGCUUCUUUCUUGUUUGGUUCAGGUGCCGUUUGCCCCUUUGCCGGCGCACAACAAACUCGCAAUUACGUCGUUCAAAGUGAAGCUAGAAAUGCUUCUUAUGCUACCAACAACCAAAUCAAUCGUAUUCAUGCGAAAGAAGGUAUCCGUACCGGUGGCUCAGGUGAUGUGACCCAAUGCCCUCAUGCAAAAGCUGCGGCUGCACAAGAAUCUGUUAAAAAAGCAGAACAACAAACAGUUCAAACCGAUUUACGUGAGAGUAUCAAGCGUAAAAUUCAAACCCGUACACCAGGUUCAGGUCUUGGUCAGCAACCCGAGCCAGCGGCAAAAGAGACGCCCGGUUUUGACUACGAAGGCUUUUAUCACAAAGACUUAGCCGCAAAGCAUGCUGAUAACUCUUACCGUUACUUUAACAACAUCAAUCGUUUGGCUGAUAAAGCUCCACGUGGUCAUUUGGAAGAUGAAACACAAGAGAUCACGGUUUGGUGUUCAAAUGACUAUCAAAACAUGAGCCGUCAUCCAAGGGUUUUACAGGCUAUGGCUGGCACUCUCUUCAAAUACGGUGCUGGAGCUGGAGGUACGCGUAACAUCGCUGGUCAUAAUCAACAUGUCGAAAGUGUUGAAGCAACGAUUGCCGAAUUGCACCGUAAAGAAGCUGCUCUGGUCUUCGGUAGUUGUUAUGCUGCCAACGAUGCCACUUUGAGUAUCUUGGGUACCAAAUUACCAAACUGUGUCAUCUUUUCUGACAGCAGCAACCAUGCUUCUAUGAUUCAAGGUAUUCGUCAUUCCACUGCUCGUAAAGUUAUCUACAAGCAUAAUGACAUGGAAGAUCUGGAGGCUAAAUUGGCGUCCUUCCCAAUCGAUACGCCUAAGAUCAUUGCUUUUGAAAGUGUCUAUUCCAUGUGCGGAACCGUUGGACCGAUCGAGCGUACAAUCGAGCUCGCUGAAAAGUAUGGUGCUCUGACAUUCUUGGACGAAGUACACGCCGUUGGUAUGUACGGUCCACGUGGAGCAGGUGUUGCAGAACACUUGGAUUGGGAAGUUCAAGCUGCGGGUGGCGCGGCUGCAAAUGGCCAACAAAAGACUUUGAUGGAUCGCAUUGAUAUCAUCACUGGUACUUUGGGUAAAGCAUUCGGUAACGUUGGUGGUUAUAUCGCCGGUUCAAACCGUAUGGUGGACGUUAUCCGCAGCUUUGCACCACAAUUCAUCUUUAGCACCACCUUGCCUCCAAGUGUUUUGACUGGAGCUCGUACAGCUAUUGAAGUUUUGAUGGAAUCAAACGAUAGCCGUAAAUCACAACAAAUGCGCACACGUCAAACCAAAGAAGGUCUUACGUUGGCCGGCAUUCCAAUCCAACACAACCCAAGCCACAUUGUUGCUGCUUUGGUUGGCAGUGCUGAUAAGGCAAAAGAAGCAAGUGAUAUGUUAUUGCACGAUUAUGGUUGUUACGUUCAACCGAUCAAUUACCCUACCGUCCCUCGUGGUCUUGAGCGUUUGCGUAUCACACCAACCCCAAGCCAUUCUGAGGAAGAUGUUGCUCAUUUGGUUUAUGCAUUGGAUCAAGUUUGGAAACGAUUGGAUUUACGUAGGGUUGAAGAAUUACAUCAAAUCGAACAAGGUAAAGAUGGUUUAGCUGAUUUACUCACUUCUUCCGAACGUGAUGAUUCAUCUCCAUUAUGGCAUGAUGAACUUUUGGCUUGGGAAGAUGCAGACGUUGUCAAAGGUUCAGCCGUGAAGAAUGCUGCUGAUAAUCUUGUCAACUCAGGUCCUGUGCCUUCUUCCGUUGCUGCUUCUGCUUGA